AUGGGAAAUGAUAAAGGAAUGAAGCAGGGUUUUUGUGGAUUCUCGGAAAGACAAGAUGGAAGUAUAAAGAGAGCACAGCAGAGGGCCGAAAGUGGAAGAGGUGAUGAGAUCUCACCAGAGAAGCUGACAGAGCAGGAAAGGUUAGACAGAUAUAAGGAGAUCCAUCAGAGAUGUCUAAUAGUGCACUUUGGUAUUUCUCUCCCAGAUAUAACCAUCAAACAUGACCAGAGAUGCGCGGCUCUGGUAAGUGAAGCCUUUCGCCGGCUGUUGAGUGACUCCAGGUAUUACAGCCAUAGGGGCGAUUUGGCAGCGUUCCUCCUGGAGAGAGAGGUGCAGUGGGACGAAGCGAAAGGGGAAAUGUAUGAGGUUAUAGCGCUUGGCACAGGGAGCACAUGUUACCAGGGAUGGCAGCAGUACAACGGUCUCCUGCUGCACGACUGCCAUGCCUUAGUGGUGGCACGGCGGGCAUUAGUACGGUAUCUGUACAAGCAGCUGCACUUAUAUCACAGCGAGCAUCCCUUGGCCAAAGAGACCUGUAUCUUCUGCCCUUCUCAGCUGAGCCACAUGCUGGUGCUGAAACCUGGGAUUUUCCUCCAUCUGUAUCUCAGUCACACUCCUGAGGGACUAGCCCGGGGCAGCGGUUCGUGGACAGAGAGAACUUUCCCCCUCCAUGUUCAUGCCAAGGGCUCUUUGCUGUGUCUGUCGGACUGCUUUCCCAGUGUGCUGGCCGCUCGCGUGUGCUCCAUGUCUGCGUUUGAGAAACUCAUGAGAUGGAGUGUACUGGGGGUCCAGGGAGCCCUCCUGAGUCAGACGGUAGAACCUCUUUAUAUCACCAGCAUUGUCUGCGGGGAUGGUGACCAGGAAGUGGAGUCCUUCGUUAACGCUGUCGAGAGCCGUCUGCAGCCUUCCGUGGAUCUGAGUCUGUUUCCGUCGUACAGCAUACAUGUCCCGUAUGUGAUGAAGGGGCCACGGAUCUGUUCUCGCCACCCCCAGACCACGCACAUCACGCUCAGCCUGAACUGGUGUAAAGGCGAUGACCGUGUGGAGGUUACAGAUGGGGCGACUGGCAGACAGGCGGAGGGCUCCCCGGCUGGCAAUGAGGGCCAAACUAGCCGGCUCUGUAAAGGAGUGAUGCUCACGUACUACCUGAGUCUUCAGGGUGUAUCUGGGAGACCACGAGGGCCACCCUGCUAUCAUCAAGCUAAGGCCUUAUCGGAUCAGUACCAACGAGUGAAGUCACGUUUCUACUCUCAGCUGAGUGCAAGUUUUCAGGAAGUGUGGCCACGGAAGCUCUGCGUGGACAGAUUUGCGGUUUCAUCGAGUGAUGCCCCCGAUGGAGAGUCAGCGUUGAGAUUUCAUUGUGACCUUCAGUGAUUCUGAUGCUCGGCGUCACCUGUUGUGAGAUUUAAGUUCCUGUGAGCGUCCCGGUGGGAGGCCGUGUUCAUGUUUGGCUCACGUGUUAGUUUGUUCAUUUUGUAACAGCAUAUGGAGUCAGUGACCCAACAGCUCAGCUCCAUCA